AUGAUGAGAAAUAGAUGUAAUAAACAUAAACAACAAAUAAUACAAUUUAUUUGUCUAUAAGAAGAUUGUCAAACUAAUAAAUUAGGAUGUAUAAGUUGUUUCCCAGAUCAUGAUGGUCAUACCAAAUAAAAUAUGGAAAUUUAGGAUUUCAUUGAAAAAAUAUAACAAAAAGAUAAAGAUCUUGAAUUAAAGUAUCUAUAACUAAUAAAUUAAAAUUCAGUAAAAAAGAAUAAAGAAUAAAUAAUCAGAUCUAUUUAAUAAUAAUUCAAAGCAAUUUAAAGUAGAGCAUUUAGUUUUAUUGAUCGUCACUGUGAAGCUUUAGUUAAUAAUGUUUAAAAUAAGAAUCUCAAUGAUUCAAGUUCAUAAUUAAAAGUUAAAGCUUAUCAUGAUGAACUUGAAAGAAUAAAAAAUAGAUCAACAUAUACGUUAGAGAAUAAAGUAUUUUAAAUUAUGAAAUAAAAUAGGAAAUUGAAUUCUUGAUUAACUUUGUUUUAACUAAUGAUUAUUAAGAAAUGAUUGCCAAUGCUAUGUAAAUCAAAGAUAAGAAUAUUUAAGAAUUCACUUAUGAUAUUAAUUAAGUGAUUAAUUCAAUAGAUGAUUAAUUAUCUGAACUUUACAAUUAAUUAGAUUCACAAUUAUCAUCUUAAUAAAUUGCUACUUCUCCAUCAUUUGAUUAAAAAAAUAAAUACUUUCAACACAAUUAUUCAUUUACUCUUGGAAUCUUACCUAAAAGCCCAAAUCCAAAUUCAACAUAAGGUAAGUCAAAAUCUCCUUUAAGAUUAACAUCUACAAAUUAAUCAAGAAUAAAGACUCCUGAAUCAAAUAAAAAAUAAUUACCUUAAAUUGGAUCAAAUAGUAAAAUUUAAAUAUCUAAAUUUCUUGUGACUUCUCCUCCUCUUAAAGAAGAGGAUGACUUUAUUACUAAAAACAAAAAUCUAGAAUCAUUAAUUACAAAUGUAUUAAUGAUUCAUCUACCAGCUAAAUAUUUAAAUGAUCACUUACAAUUUUUAAAAACUAAUUAUGCUGAAUUCUAAGAUUAUAAUGUAAUUACAUAACAGGAAAAAAUUUAAUUAAUUGAAGACCUGAACUCUUAAUUACUAUAUUUAUUAUGGGAUAAUUUAAUGAUAGAAUGGUUAAAGCCUUCUUUCAAUUUUAAUAUAUUAUAAAUCAAAGUUUAUGAAAUUGAAAAUAACUUUAGUUCAUUUCUAGAAUUAUUUGAUAAGUAAUUAAAAAUGUAUGAAUUUGUUGCUUAUUUAAUCAAAUAAAAAGUUAAUAAACCAAAAAUUGAUUAUUAGACAUGGUUCAUUAUAGCAAAUAAAGCAACAAAUUCAUUUAAAAUGUAUAAUAUUAAAUCAAAUGGAAAAAAAGUCAAUAAAGAAUUAACUAUUGAAGAUUAAUCAUUCUCUUGUAUUGAUCAAUUAAAAUCUGCUAAUGUCUAUGCAUAAUUUCCAAAAGUCCUUUAAGAUCAUCUAAAUGGAAGUUUUACAAUUGAGAAAGAUCUCAAAAUUAUUAUCAAAGGAAUCAUAGAUCCUAAUUUCUAAACAUAACUUUUAGCUGAAAGAUUAUAAGUAAUAAUUUGACUAAAAACAAUUUAGAUUUUAUUAAAUUUAUUUAUGAAUCCUUAAGUUGUUGCUAAUCCUACAUUUUAGAAUAUUGAAAAACACUUUGAUUAAGUUUUGAUAAAUUUCAAGUAUUUUAUUAACUACAUUAAUCUAUCAUUAAAAGAUACACUGUAAAACUGA